AUGCCGUUUCUAGGCAAGGAAAAGAGACGUAGUCCCAGAUCUCUCAAAUCAGAUGAUGAAUUUGUUGUCUUUCUACAAGGAAUCCCUGGCCACUGUCGUUGGCAAGAAUUGAAGGAUCUGGUCCGCCAGACGGCUCAACACAUCCGGCAAGCAGUGGUAUAUGAUGACAGUCAUGGAUUCCCUACCGGCCUAGGACAGAUCAUUAUCAAGAAUGAAGAUGAGGCCUGGCGAACAUAUCACCGGUUAUCAACCAACGGAUGGGAAGGUCAGAGCUUGGUUGUCACACUCUCACGCAUCAGCGCUCCCACAAAACCGAUCGCCGGGCCAACAAGAAGCCCACCAGCAGUUCUGCAGACGUUCGUGCCCGGUCACUCCACACCUCCUCGAUCUCACGGGAGCAUGGCCCUGCCCCCAUCUCCUGUGUCCCCCGACUGCACCCAGUCUACCAGCUCGACCUAUCAGUACACCGAAUACGGACCUAUGAUGGGGCCCAUGCCCAUUUCACCGCAGCAGUUCAUGCCCGUAAUGACUGAGCCCAUGACACAGCCAAUGCAGUGCUACCCCCCGUCCCCAAUGAUGCACGCCGCCAUGUAUGAUGCCCCUGGGUGGAACAUGAUGCCCAUGUAUCCCAUCUCGCCCAUCUCGCCCAUCCAGCCACUCCAUGACUCGGGCGAAUACACCCACUGGCACCCGCAGGAGCCCUGGGCUACCCACACCGCUAAUAUCAAUGCCCCAUUCCCUUCUCAAACCUCACGGGCUGUUUACAUCAACAACCUGAACCCUAGCACAACAACAGCCGACCUGCGGAGCUUGCUGCAAGGGACAGGAAACGUGGAGGAGUGCAACGUGACAGUCACAUCCGACGCGUACGACAAGGAAGUCCAGACCCAUGGCUCGGCGAUCAUGCACAGUGUUGAAGACGCAAGGCGUGCUGUCGCGACUCUGAACAACGUCAUGUUCAUGGGUUCAUGUAUUCGCGUGAGGACCGAUUACCGUCAUGCCGCUCGUAGCGGCAGCUGGGAUAGCGCGAUGACGCAGGACUCCGACCCGGUGAGUGAAAGCGGUAGCGAACUAAGCUCUGUCAGUGAAGACCAUGGAGAGGGCAUUCCCUUUCAGAAAGCGGCUGACCCUGGACAACCCCUGGUGGUGGACGGGUCAGGACAGCAGCGGCGGUCGUUAGAGAUGCUGUCGACAUCAGCUCCCAAUUGA